AUGCCGCUGUCGCGGCGCCUCCUCAUCACUUCCGCGCUCUUCAUGUUCCUCACGGCGCUCACGGGCGCCGUCUUCCGCUGGAUCGGCGCGGCGCGCGACCUGCGCGCGAAGAAGCUCGACGUCGCGCCGCCCUUCGAGCGCGUCGGCGAGGGCCCGCCGACGAGGACGCCGCUGGCCACCGGGCGCGUGGCCGUGCCGGGCCCCUACGCCGUGCGCGGGUCCGGGUCCGCCCUCGAGGUGUGCUACGGCGCGAAACACCGGUCGAACACGGCGACGGUCGUCGUCGACGCGUUCGUCGCCGACGUCACGGUGACCGCGGCGGGCAACGGCACGCGGUCCGUCGUCCGGGCCGACGAGCUCACGGCGACCUACGCCUUCGGCCGCGGCGCGCGCGCGCUCUUCGCGCGCGGCUCGCCCUACGUCACCGUCGAGCUCGACCGCGGCGCGGACGUCGAGCUCGGGUCCGCGGCGGGCGUGCCGUCCGUCGUGGCGCUCGGCGCGGGCGGCGUGCCGGCGGACACGGGCGGCCGGGGGCCGCCGCGCGCGUGCGCGGCCCACGAGGGCUGCGGCGGCCUCUCGGGCGACUGCUGCCCCGCGGCGGAGGGCGUCUUCCUCGAGUGCUGCGGCGGCGGCUGGCGGCGCCUCGCGGAAGAGGCAACGGGCCGGAGCUUCGCGCUGACGCUCGGCGACGGCGCGCGCUGGCUGCUCUUCGCGUCGGCGGACGUGUCCCUGGCCAAGGCCGGGGCGUCCUGGCGCCUCCGCGCGCCGACGGACGUCGUCGCGCGGUUGGCCUACGCGCCGGACCGCGCGAGCGAGGAACUGCUCGUCGCCCACGCGGGGACCUACGCCGUCGGCGGCAGGGUGUCCUGGGCCGCGCGGGGCGACGCGGCGGUCCUGCGCUUCCGCUGGGCGACGCGGACCUUCGACGGGGCGCCGCUGCUCGGGUUGGCGCUGCCGCAUCAUGCGGACACGCUCGCGGGGUCCUCGAAGAAGACGAGCUGGGCGGGCCUCAAGGGGCCGCUGGUCGCCGUCGCGGGGCCGACGUGGACGUUCAAGGAGCGGCUCGCCGACCUCCGCUGGGACCACGGCCCGCUGCCGCGAAGCGCGAAAAGCGACGUUCUGGCCGCGCUCGAGACCGUCGCGGACGUCGCGCCCAACGGCCUCGACGAGCGGGACCUCGCCGAGCGCACGGGCGUCUACACGUCGGGCAAGCGGCUCUUCCGCCUCGCGAACGUCGCGCUGACCGCGCGCGCCGCGGGCGACGACGAGACGGGCGCGAAAUGGGCCCGCAAGCUCGCCAAGGCGCUCCGACCCUGGCUCGCGACGGGGAAGCGCGGGCUGCUCGUCUACGACGGCGACGUCGGCGGCGUCGUGACGAGGAGCGGCUACAAGGAUCCCGAGGCGGACUUCGGGAACGGCAAAUACAACGACCACCACUUCCACUACGGCUACCUCGUCUACGCCGCCGCCGUCGCGGCACACCUCGGCGAGACCGUGGACCGCGCGGCCGUCGACGCCCUCGUGUCCGACGUCGCCAACGUCGCGGGCCGCGAGCGGUGGUUCGCCGCGGCUACCGAUCCGAACUUCUACGCGCCGCGGUCGUCGCGCGUCGCGGCGUUCGCGCGCCACAAGGACGCCUACGACGGCCACUCCUGGGCGUCGGGGCUCUUCUCGCUCGCCGACGGCAAGAGCCAGGAGAGCGUGUCCGAGGCGCUCCACUGCUACUACGCCGUCGGCCUCUGGGGCGUCGUCCGAAACGACCCGGAGCUCCGCGACUUCGGCCGCCUGCUCCUCGCGCUCGAGGCGCGCGCGGGCCGGGCCUACUGGCACGUCGACGAGGCCAACGUCUACGGCGGCGCCUUCGCCGCCGCGAACGUCGUCGUCGGCGUCGUCGGCGCGGCCGACGCGUCCGCGCGGACGUGGUUCGGGAGCGCGGCGGCCUACUCCAUCCUCAUCAACGCGCUGCCCUUCACGCCCGCGUCGGCGGCGCUCCUCGCGCCGCCGGCCUACGCCGGCCGGGCCGCCAAGGCGGCGCUCGCCGGGCUCCCGGACCCGGCGGGCGCGCGCGCGCCGGGCGCGCCCGAGAGCGGCGCAACCUCCGGCGGCGUCCCCGGCGACGCCUACGACGCGCUCCAGGGGCCCUGGCGCGCGUUGGGCCUCCAGCUCCUCGCCGUCGCCGACGGCGCCGCGGCCUACGGCGAGGUCCGGGCGCUCGCGGCGGAGGCGUCGCCGCCGGCGCUCGACGCGACGCAGUCGCUGCCCGCGCUGCUCUACUGGGCGUCGACGCGGCCCGACGCGGCGCCGCCGACGCCGGGCGCCGCCGCCGCGCGCGCCGCCGCGGACGCCGCGACGACGACGACGGCCGCGGCCGGAUCGACGACCGCGGCCGGCGCUUCGACCGCGGCCGGCGCUUCGACGGCGGCCGCGGACGACGACGCGGCCGCCGCGCCCGCCCCGGCCACCACCGGCGCGCCCGCCUCCGGCAGCGACGCGUCUCCCGACUCGCCCGCCGCCUGCGCGGCCCACGCGGGCUGCGCGGCGCUCACCGGCGACUGCUGCCCCACGGCCGCGGGCGUCGCACUCGGUUGCUGCGACGAUCGGCGCUAG